UAUAAAUUAAAUAUUUUAUAUAUUGAUGUUUCAAGUUUGAAAGUAUGACGUUUUCAGUAUCGACUACUGUUUUAUAUGAGGUUAGAGAAGACGCGAUGUCUUUCAAUAUUGAGUAAAAUAGAAAUAAAUAUUUAUAGCAUGUUGUAUUUAACAAGAUAUUCUAUAUCAACAAUAACAAGAAACAGCAUAAUAAGAUCUCUACCAAUUAAAAAAAAUUUAUAUACAAAUACUCCAAAAUCAGUAGUUACAAAUUCAACCUUUACUUUCAUAAAAAGGAAUUCCAAUUUGUAUAAGGAUUUAAUUAAAAAUGAUGGCAUUAUUGCAAGGGGCUUUGCAACAAAAUCAACUGAAAAAUCAAAUAAAUCUGUUGGAAAAUGGUUAUUAACUUGCAGUGGCAUGGUUUUUGUAGCUGUCAUACUAGGAGGUAUAACAAGACUUACAGAAUCAGGUUUAUCCAUGGUUACUUGGAAAUUACUUGGUGAAAAAAUGCCUACCACUGAAAGACAAUGGCAUGCAGAAUUUGAACGUUACAAGCAAUUUCCUGAGUAUAAGAUCAAUAAUCAAAAUAUGACAUUAGAAGAAUUUAAACGUAUUUGGUGGAUGGAAUAUUUGCACAGAAUGUGGGGACGUUUGAUAGGUGCUGUAUUCAUAGUUCCAGCAACUUAUUUCUGGGCAAAAGGUAUGCUAACACGAGGCAUGAAGAUCCGAGUAGCUGUUUUGGGAUCAUUAAUUGGCUUGCAAGGGCUUAUGGGUUGGUAUAUGGUUAAAUCGGGCCUGGAAAAUCGUUUCGUGGAACCAUCAGAUAUACCCCGUGUUUCACAGUAUCGCCUGGCUACACAUUUAGGAAUGGCAUUUAUUAUAUAUACAGGAUUUUUAUAUAAUGCUUUGGAUUAUUUAAUACCUGCUCAAAAAAUAAAUCUUGAUAAUUCAAAUGCUGACAUUAAUAAUCUAAAGUCGAAGUUGAAGAGAUUUAGAAUGUUAGUUCACUGGACAAAGGGAUUGGUUUUUUUUACCGCUUUGUCUGGAGCUUUCGUUGCAGGCAUGGAUGCAGGUCUUAUUUAUAACACAUUCCCAAAAAUGGCAAAUAAAUGGAUACCAGAUGAUAUAUUUACAUUAUCACCUUUGUUGAAAAAUUUCACGGAAAAUCCAACUACUGUACAAUUCGAUCAUAGAAUACUGGGUAUCACAACUUUAUCAUUAAUAACUUAUAUUGCAACCGUAUCUCGCAAAUAUAAACUUCCUGGAAAUGCAAAGAAAGCUGUUACAGCUGUACUUUGUGCUGGUUAUUUGCAAGUAUUAUUAGGAAUUUUGACAUUAGUACAUCAUGUACCUGUAUCACUAGGUGCGUGUCAUCAAUCUGGCAGUCUCAUAGUUUUGAGUACAAUGAUAUGGCUGUGUCAUGAAUUAAAAUAUUUGAAAUACAUAUUGAAAUAAAUUUAUGAUAUCGUA